AUGACCCAACUGGCCGAACUGCCAGGCCCAAAAAACCUGCCCCAGGAAAAGCCCACAAGACCAUCGGUUACUCGGAGGGAGAACGCUCUUCGAAAGGAACAGCAGGAGGCAAAUGUGCGUGCGGCAGGCCAACGGCCCUCGCCGCGGGACGCGGUGUCACUGCCUAACGCAGCUGGCCAGUCCCGACCGCCUUCAUCGGCCCCAUCAGCCUCUUCAAUGAAGAUUCGAAAGACUACGGCCAAGAAGGGGCGCGGCAAGAAGUCGCCAACCCCGCCACCUGACGACUCGGAUCCUGAGGACUCUAGACCAGAGGACUCAGAGUCAGAAGAAGAUGAAGAAGGGGAGGAUCAAGAGGACCAAGAAAUGGCAUCCCAGAAGUCCGACUCCGAAGACUCUGAUGACGAUGACCAGAGCCCUGGUGAACUGACCAUCAACGUCCCACCGGACCAUAGCAUGUAA